UAAGGCAUCAAUAAUAUCGGUACACACACAUACUAUAAUAUUAUAGUUUGGGGGGAAACUUGUGGGAUCUUGUACAUAUGAGGAAAAAAAAAAUUGUCCACAGUUGUGAAGAAAUCGUUUGACCAUGGACCCUGAGUACAGCCUCCAGGAUGUGGUACGGUGUCAUCUCUGUGAGACCCCGGUCCCCCCUCUACACUGUGUCAUUUGUAACAUACAUCUGUGUAAAGACUGUGAGGGGAAACAUCUCUCUGAUAAAUCCAAACAACACAAAGUGGUGCCAUUCAAAUAUCGGAGAUUUUUUCCUAAAUGUCAAAAACAUUCCACAAAAAUAUGUGACCAAUACUGUGAACAAUGCAACAUUCCUAUUUGUGAACUCUGUGUUUCCUCUAAGGAACACCAAACUCAUGAUGUGGAAGAUAUAUUGGAAAUUUUAAAAUGCAAACAAAUUUUAAUACAGAAAGACUUAAAAGAUUGUGAAAAAUUAAUUCAUCCUAAAUAUCAAGAGAUUCUAUCUAGCAUUUCAGAGCAAAAGGCUGAUCUGAGAGAAAACUCCAAGAAAUUGACAACAGUAAUCAACAAACAUGGAGAAGACUUGCACAGAGAAAUAGACACCAUUAUACAGAAACUGAAAUCUGAUCUUGAUGAAAUGGACACCAAACACCUGGCUGUCCUAAAUCAACAGGAAGAUGAAAUCACACACACCAUUUCUGAAAUCACACAGACCAUUGCUGAUCUGAAGAAGUUACUGGACUCCAGUGAUGUCAGCCGUGUCUCUGCCUACAAAUCCAGGAAUGAUGAAUUGAGAAGAUUGCCUCCUAAACUCACAGUUUCCUUACCAAGUUUUACCCCUCAGAAGAUCAACAAAGAUCAGCUUUAUCAACAGUUUGGUUCUCUGUCAGCGUCAUCUAUCAAAACAGAAAAACAUGGCUACACAAUAGAUUCUUACUGGGACAGACCGCUCAUUGAUGUCCCACGGAUCAUCACAGAGAUAAACACUGAGUAUGGAGGUUUACGUAGUGUGUCCUGUGUGGGUGAUGAAGAACUGUGGACGUGUAGUAUGUUUGACAACAAGAUGAGACUCUACAACCAGCAGGGGGAACUAGUGAAGUCAGUCCAAACCAAGUCAGGGAACGCUCCAUGGGACAUAGCAGUGACAAGGAGUGGGGAUCUAGUUUAUAUUGAUUACGAUGAUAGAACUGUGAACAUAGUGAAGAAUACUCAGAUACAGACAGUGAUCAGACUACAGGGGUGGAGACCUCGCGGUGUCUGUAGUACCUCCUCUGGUGACCUCCUGGUUGCCAUGGUCAGUGAUGAUGAUAAACCAACAAAAGUUGUGUGUUACUCUGGCUCCACAGAGAAACAAAGUAUUCAGUACGAUGACAAAGGACAACCUCUCUAUUCAUCUGGUUACAAUAAAUACAUCAGUGAGAACAGGAACCUAGAUAUCUGUGUGUCAGACUGGGGAGCCCGCGCAGUAGUGGUGGUCAAUCAGGCCGGGAAACUCCGGUUUACCUACACUGGUCGUCCCUCUACUACCAAGGGAUCAUUCUAUCCAUGGGGCAUCACAACAGACAGCCAGGGUCGGAUCCUGACUGCAGACAACUACCACCGUAUCCACAUCCUGGAUCAGGACGGACAGUUCCUCCGCUACAUUGACAACUGUCACUUACUGUAUCCACGGGGUUUAUGUGUGGACACCAGAGACAACCUCUUUGUGGCUGAGUACCACACAGGUAAAGUGAAGAAAAUACAAUAUUACAUGUAAAUAAACAAUACAUGCGACAAUACACAAACAUAAGAUGAUGUGUAAUUACAUUUAGAUAGACUCUGUAUAAUGUAUUAAUGUAGCACUGUUAUUGACUAAAACUGUUUGUUUUUCAUGUAAGCAAAUUACAUAUGGACAUUUUGUGUACAUGUUUAUUGAUUCCACUUAAAAAAUUGUUCUACAUAGGGAUGUCUUUUAGUUUAAAUAAGUCCAGAGGGCUCACAUGUUUUAUACAACACAGUUCAGUUUUAUAUAAGAUGAAUUUUACUAACAAAACAUUGAUGCAUAAUGUGCAUGAUGGCUUCAUUUGUUAUUGACUUCAUAUUGAGUAGUCGACAAAGAAAACUCGUGUUGACAUCAUUUG